AUGUCUGAAUCUGGGCAGUCCUCAGCAGCUGCCACACCAAGCACCACUGGAACCAAGUCCAACACUCCAACGUCAUCUGUGCCCUCUGCUGCCGUCACACCUUUGAAUGAAAGCAUCCAGCCCAUCAGUGAAUACAAUGGCACAACCAAGAGCAAUAAGAGGGCACGAGAAAAACGGAACAGCCGGAACAUGGAAGUCCAGGUCACACAGGAGAUGAGAAAUGUCAGCAUAGGAAUGGGCAGCAGUGAUGAGUGGUCUGAUGUUCAGGACAUCAUAGACUCUACUCCAGAGCUGGAUAUGUGUCAAGACCCCCGCCUGGAACGCACUGGUAACAGCCCAACACAAGGGAUUGUGAACAAAGCAUUUGGCAUCAACACAGACUCUCUGUAUCAUGAACUUUCCACAGCAGGGUCCGAGGUUAUCGGAGAUGUUGAUGAAGGAGCAGAUCUGCUAGGAAUGGGCAAAGAAGUGGGGAAUCUGCUGUUGGAGAACUCGCAGCUACUGGAGACCAAAAAUGCUUUGAACGUUGUGAAGAAUGAUUUGAUUGCCAAGGUGGACCAGCUGUCUGGAGAGCAAGAAGUGCUGAAGGGAGAGCUUGAAGCAACAAAGCAGGCCAAAGCCAAAAUGGAAACCAGAGUCAAAGAGCUGGAGGAGGAGCUGAAAAGAGUGAAAUCUGAAGCGAUUGUUGCCCGACGAGAACCCAAAGAGGAGGUGGAGGAUGUAAGCAGCUAUCUCUGUACAGAAUUGCAGUGCUCCUCCCCUCUGCAGGACAACAUUCCCAUAGCUCAGCGCCGCCGCUUCACCCGUGUGGAAAUGGCCCGGGUUCUGAUGGAGCGCAAUCAAUACAAAGAGAGGUUGAUGGAGCUCCAGGAGGCUGUCAGGUGGACAGAGAUGAUCAGAGCAUCCCGUGAGCACCCGUCCGUCCAGGAGAAGAAGAAAUCCACCAUUUGGCAGUUCUUCAGCCGUCUGUUCAGCUCUUCCUCAAGUCCCCCACCAGCAAAGAGGACCUACCCAUCUGUGAACAUCCACUACAAAUCUCCAACAACAGCCGGGUUCAGCCAGCGUCGCAGUCACACCAUGUGCCAGAUUUCCUCUGGCAGCCGCACCCUGGAGUUCUUCCCUGAAGAUGACUGUACAUCCUCAGCACGUCGCGAGCAGAAACGGGAGCAGUACCGCCAGGUACGGGAGCAUGUGCGCAACGAUGACGGCAGAUUGCAGGCCUGCGGCUGGAGCCUCCCUGCCAAGUACAAGCAGCUGAGUCCCAAUGGUGGUCAGGAAGACACUCGCAUGAAAAACGUCCCUGUGCCUGUAUAUUGUCGCCCACUAGUAGAGAAGGACCCAACUAUGAAGUUGUGGUGUGCAGCUGGAGUCAAUCUCAUGGGAUGGAGACCUUUGGAGCAGGAGCCUGGGAAUGGGCAGAAAUUGGAUCCUGGACGUGAUCCCCUCACCUGUGAUAGGGAAGUGGAAGGCGAGAACAACAAAAGUAACCAUACAUCUCCUGAAAAGAAAAAGGCAAAGGAGCUCCAUGAAAUGGAUGCCACAUCCAGUCGUGUCUGGAUCCUCACUAGUACGCUAUCAACGAGUAAAGUUGUAAUUAUUGAUGCCAAUCAGCCUGGCACAGUGGUGGACCAGUUCACUGUCUGCAAUGCUCAUGUGCUCUGCAUCUCCAGCAUCCCUGCAGCCAGUGAGAGUGAUUAUCCUCCAGGCGAGAUCUUUCUGGAGGGAGAUGUAAAUCCUGAAGAGUCAUCUGGAACAGAUGGUGUCUUGGCAGGAAUCACUCUGGUGGGCUGUGCAACCCGCUGCAAUGUGCCACGAAGCAACUGUUCCUCGCGUGGUGACACACCUGUGCUGGACAAAGGACAGAGUGAGGUGGCUACUGUCUGCAAUGGGAAGAUCAACCAGUCCCAGUCUACUGAGGAGGCAACAGAAGCUACGGAGGUACCAGAGAAUGGUACAAGCGAGGCAGAGCCUGCUCAGGCUCGGCCUGGGCCCCUCACGGAGCAUGUGUUUACAGAUCCAGUCCCUGCACAGGCAUCUAUUAGGCAGAACGGGGAGAAUGGGCAGCUGAAGACAGAGUCAAGCACGACGCUGCCAGAUCAGGAGUUGAAUGGGGAUGCUGCUGGGACUUGCACCAGUGCUGCCCCCACCAUGUGGCUGGGAGCGCAGAACGGCUGGCUUUAUGUGCACUCAGCUGUAUCCAACUGGAAGAAGUGUCUGCACUCCAUAAAGCUGAAGGACUCUGUACUGAGUCUGGUGCAUGUGAAAGGGAGGGUUCUUGUUGCUCUGGCAGAUGGAACACUAGCCAUAUUCCACAGGGGAGAAGAUGGUCAGUGGGAUCUCAGUAAUUACCACCUAAUGGACCUCGGUCACACUCACCAUUCCAUCCGCUGCAUGGCUGUUGUGUAUGAUAGAGUCUGGUGUGGCUACAAGAACAAAAUCCAUGUUAUCCAGCCUAAGACAAUGCAGAUUGAGAAAUCCUUUGAUGCACACCCUCGGCGGGAGAGUCAAGUGCGACAGUUGGCAUGGAUUGGAGAUGGAGUAUGGGUUUCUAUCCGCCUGGACUCCACUUUGAGGCUUUACCAUGCCCACAGCCAUCAACAUCUGCAAGAUGUUGACAUUGAGCCUUACGUCAGCAAGAUGCUAGGCACUGGAAAGCUGGGCUUCUCGUUCGUGCGGAUUACAGCCCUGCUCAUUGCUGGCAACCGUCUCUGGGUGGGGACAGGGAAUGGUGUCGUCAUCUCCAUUCCUUUGACUGAGACUGUAGUCCUCCACCGAGGCCAACUCCUUGGGCUCCGGGCCAACAAGACCUCACCAACCUCUGGAGAGGGCAGCCGCUCUGGUGGGGUCAUCCACGUGUACGGUGAUGACAACAGUGACAAAUCUGCCAGCAGUUUCAUUCCCUACUGCUCCAUGGCUCAGGCACAGCUCUGUUUCCACGGCCACCGUGAUGCUGUCAAGUUCUUCGUUUCUGUGCCUGGAAAUGUCCUAGCAACCUUGAAUGGGAGUGUGUUGGACAGCCCUUCGGAGAACCCUAGCACAGCAGCCACAGAGACUGAGGGGCAGAAGCUGAAGAACGUCCUGGUGCUGAGCGGAGGAGAGGGAUACAUCGAUUUCCGGAUCGGGGAUGGAGAAGAUGAUGAGACAGACGAAAAUGCAGGAGAUGCCACCCAGGUGAAGCCAGUACUUUCCAAGGCUGAAAGGAGCCACAUUAUUGUGUGGCAGGUAUCAUAUAUCCCUGAGUGAGAAAUUCUCCUUUCCCACCAAUCUAAGUGUCCCUCCUCCCGCCUGAAUGCCAAGAUGUACAUACAGAACGCCUGCAUUAUACCUACUGCUGGAAACCGACCCCAGACAACUGCAACGGCUCCUGCCUCGGACUGUGUCCCCUUUCUAACCUCUGAACUUGCAGCUUUCAUCUUGGGCCCGUGCGCUUUCUGCGUGGUUGGAUUAUUGUUCUACUCUGGAGCUGGAAUCUACAAGGAGAGAAAUGGCAGUGCAUUGAUGAAGUGAAGCUUGGAGCUAGAACUGUCCAAAGCCUUUGCCCAGCGCUCUGGAGCUGGCAGCUGGAUGGGUGGUGGCACAGGUUCUCUGGCAGGUUGCCUC